AUGGAUAAGGACACAGUUACAUCUGUUGGACAAACAGAUGAUUAUACAAGUGUCUGCCAAAAAAAGAAGUCACAACACAAGAAAACUUCAAUGCAUCAAGCAAAUUAUGAAAAGAAAGAUUCUCAGAAGCAAACUUUACUAACACAGUCCAUGUCCUCAAAAAUAGCAUCCAUGUUUUAUUUUGACAUGUGUAAAGCAUUCACUGCAGCCAACAUUCCUUGGAAUGUAGUAGAAAAUACAACAAUGAGGUCAUUAUUAGAAAAGUAUUGCAAAGAAACAAUACGCUCCGAAUCAACACUUAGAAAAUAUUACCUUGCGAUGGUGUAUGAAUCACAGCUGAAAAGGUCAGAAAUAGGAGAUUCCUACAUCUUAAUAUCUGUAGAUGAAACCACAGAUGCCCGGGGGCGAAGAAUAUCAAAUAUAAUUGAAGGGAAGUAG